GGGAGAGGACGCGCGCGCAGGCGCGUGGCGCGCGGCUCCCGCGAGCCCACGAUUUCCGGUCGGACCGCGCAUCUCCUUUCUCUCGAUACGUUCAAGAUGGUUAACGUGCCGAAGCAGAGGCGUACCUUUUGCAAGAAAUGCAAGGUACACAAGACUCACAAGGUGACGCAGUAUAAGAAGAGCAAGGAGCGACAUGCCUCGCAGGGCAGAAGACGUUACGACCGCAAACAGCAAGGGUUCGGUGGUCAAACCAAGCCCAUCUUCAGAAAGAAGGCGAAAACAACGAAGAAAAUUGUACUGAGGAUGGAGUGCACGGAAUGCAAGUACAGAAAACAAAUUCCGCUGAAGAGGUGCAAGCACUUCGAGCUGGGAGGUGACAAGAAGAGAAAGGGUCAAAUGAUCCAGUUCUAAACCACCUACUCAGCGUUGCGCACAUUCUGCAUUCUGUAUUUAAGAAAUAAAUAAAUCUAUAGGAA